AAAAGUUGGUGUGUAUAAGGGUGUCGUUUGCUAGUCUUCUCAAAUUUGAAUGUGUUGGUUUUUCUUGCACUGCAGCAAUUUCUGAUUUGGAGUCAGUUAGCUACACCCAAUAGCUGCCAUGUCUGCAGGGCUACAGAUGCUUGGCACUGCACUGGGGACACUGGGCUGGCUGGCUGCCCUAGUGGCCUGUGCCCUUCCUCUGUGGCGUGUGACUGCCUUCGUAGGCAGCAACAUCGUGACUGCACAGAUAAUCUGGGAGGGCCUAUGGAUGAGCUGCGUGGUAGAGAGUACUGGUCAGAUGCAGUGCAAGGUCUUCGACUCCGUGCUGGCUCUGCCGCCGGAUCUGCAGGCGUCGCGGGCCAUUCUCGUCAUCGCUCUCCUGCUCGCCCUUGUGGCCGUAGUCGCCAGCAUUGCUGGUGGUGAGUGCACCAACUGCAUGCCACGAGGCUCUACCAAAGCCAGGGUGGCUACAGCAGCUGGUGCCAGUUUCCUCCUCGCGGGGCUUCUGAGCCUCGUGCCACCGAGCUGGACGGCAAACGUGGUGAUCAGCAACUUCUACAACCCGCUGGUGGCCCAGUCACAGAAGCGGGAGCUUGGGGCAGCCGUCUUUAUCUGCUGGGGAGCAGCUGCACUCAUGCUGACUGGAGGAGGGCUUCUUUGCACAUCUUUCCCCACAGCUAUGGGAAAGAAAUCGGUCCACUAUAAACCAGCGUCUCAGACCAGUAGAGAACACGCAGCUUGUGUCUGAGCAUGGUGGGCUGGUGUAACUCUUUUUUUUAAUUAUUUUUUAUUUUUGGGG